GCGCUCUAAUUGGCUGGGAGUUGCAACAGGAGGAGGCGAGGCUGGCGCUGAUUGGGCAGAGCUGCAGCAGCUGGGGCUUUCCUAACCAAUCCCAGGGGAGGCAGCUGUGCAGGACGUGGUGCCUUUUUUUGCAAGAACUCCUGGGAGUGUUGGAAGGAGAUUUGCAAUCCUGGCUCCGAGUGGAUCAGCCUGUUUCCCCCUCCACGCAACCAUAGAUCUGGGAUUGUGCAGAUCUGAGCUUUGUCUGUCUCCUCCUCGACUUUUGCAGCGCCCACCUUCCUUUCUGUCACCAUGGCCGAAGAUAAACCCUUGACGGUCGUGACCUGCACAGCCCCUGUCAACAUCGCGGUGGUCAAAUACUGGGGAAAGCGUGAUGAAGAGUUGAUCUUGCCUAUUAAUUCUUCCCUCAGUGUCACGCUGCACCAAGAUCAGCUCAAAACCACCACCACAGCCACCAUCAGCCGGGACUUUACAGAGGACCGCCUCUGGCUCAAUGGGAAAGAGGAUGAUAUUGGACACCCACGGCUCCAGUCCUGCCUGCGAGAGAUACGCCGUCUGGCUAGGAAGCGCCGUAGCGGUGGUGAAAACGGUGGCGACAGCAGCAGCAGCGACCCCCUUGCCCUCAGCCUUGCCUACAAGGUCCACAUUGCCUCGGAAAACAACUUCCCCACAGCAGCUGGGCUAGCCUCUUCUGCAGCUGGUUACGCCUGUCUAGUCUACACGCUGGCCAAGCUAUACGGCCUGGAAGGUGACCUCUCUGAAGUGGCUCGGCAAGGCUCCGGAAGCGCCUGCCGGAGUAUGUUUGGGGGCUUUGUGCAGUGGAUCAUGGGAGAAAGCUCCGAUGGCAAGGACAGCGUUGCCCAGCAGGUGGUGCCAGAGACACACUGGCCCGAGUUGAGGAUCUUGAUCCUGGUGGUGAGUGCGGAGAAGAAACACGUGAGCAGCACUGCUGGGAUGCAAACCAGCGUGAAGACCAGCCCCCUGCUGAAGCACCGUGCCAAGGCUGUGGUCCCGGAGCGCAUGGCCCAAAUGAUCCAGCACAUUCAGUGCCGUGACUUUGAGGCCUUUGGUGAGCUCACCAUGAAAGACAGCAACCAGUUCCAUGCUACCUGCCUGGACACUUUCCCACCCAUCUUCUACCUCAAUGACAUCUCCAAGCAAGUGGUCGCCUUGGUGCACCGCUUCAAUACCCACUACGGCAAGACCAAGGUGGCGUAUACCUUUGAUGCUGGCCCAAAUGCAGUUCUCUUCAUGCUGGACGACACGGUGGAUGAGUUUGUGGAAGUGGUGAAGCGCAGCUUCCCUCCAGGGAAUAACGGCGGCCAGUUCCUGAAAGGAUUGCCAGUGGAUGCAGCAAGGACCUCUGAGGAACUGCUGUCCGCUGUGGUGAGGGAUCCCACACCAGGGGCAAUCUGCUACUUGCUACACACCAAGCCAGGGCCGGGGCCAAUGCUAGUGGAAGAUGCAAGCUGUCAUCUCCUGGGAACAGACGGGCUGCCCCGCAGCAGUUGCAGCUGAGCAGGGCAGGGUCCCCUUUCUAGGGCUGCCCCAGGGCCAAGUGACUGAGUGGUGGAGAGCCUUGGAAAGAUCUGACCAGGAAGCAUUGCCCAAAGUCUGGUGGCAUUUGUGAACUGGGAGGAAUGGGAAUUAUGAAACUGGUGAAUACUUGACAGUUAUUUGCAUAGGGUGCUUCCUUUUAACCGUUAUUUUAAUUGGUGGCGGCGCAUGUAUUACUAUUUCAGGGGCUCCUAUGAGCCAACAUUUCCACAGAAGGGGCAGCACAAGCUUCCUACCACCACCACCCCCGGCCUGGCCCCCAUACACUUUUCUGAUCUCUUGGGGCUGGAGUCUCUUUGCAGUAGUCCAGGGCCAGGCAGAAUGUAGAUUGUCAUAGCCCACUGGCCGGUUCCUUUGGCACUCCCUUGUGCCUCUUGGCUUCUGGGGUUCUUGCUGAGAAUGUUACUCUUAUGUAGACCUCAGUCUCUGAUCUAGCACGGCACCUUCUGAUCUUAAGACACAGCAUGAACAUUUUACAAAGAGGAGUGAUGGCUUCGCACAGGAGUGGGCCAGGGGUGAUAGGAGAUGUAGUUCAGCAACAUCUAGAGGGCCACAGCUUGCCCACUCCUGUCUUAACCGCAAAGAUGUCUUGAGGAAUCGAUUACAUUAUAAAUAUAAUGCACAGCUAUGGGCUGUAAAUUCUGGCACAAGUUAAGCCCUCCUGUCACUAGUCUGUUCCAUCAUAGCUAAAAUUACUGAGGCCAGGGGUUGCCAAGAUGGUUCCUGUAGGCAGGAUGGGGCCCUUCAGCGCUCUCUCUCUCUCUCUCUCUCUCUCUCUCUCUCUCUCUCUCUCUCUCUCUCUCACACACACACACACACACACACACACACACACACACACACACACUCACUCACUCACUCACUCACUCACUCACUCACUCACUCACUCACUCACUCACUCACUCACUCACUCACUCACUCACUCACUCACUCACUCACUCACUCACUCACACACUCACACACUCACUCACACACUCACACACUCACUCACACACUCACACACUCACACAACACACACACACAGAGCCCUCAAUUGCUACCCUCUUGGUCAUAAGGUGAGGGGGUGGAUUUCUUUUUCCUCCCUUGAAAAGUAUAUGGAGCUGAAGGAGGAAGUUGCAAGAGUGAUGCUGUCCCUCAUUUCCUGUUUCAGCUCUAUGUGCUUCUCUGGGCUCGGAUUAGUUCUGCUGGAGCUGACCUUUACCCACUUGGGAAAGCCGUGUGUGCCUGCAUAUGCUCUUUCUGUCGGGUGGAGUGGGGUAGAGAAGUGGCCAGAAGGGGGGGGGCACCUAAAGCACUUGCUCAAAAAUCUAGCUGUGCCCACAGGCCUAAAAGGGGUUGACAAGCCCUGCCGUAGGCUGCCUGUUAUACCUGAUCUAGAAAUAUGGGAGCUUUUUUUUAAAAAAACCACAAUUGUGGUGAGGUAUUAAUGGUUACCUGGUGUUCAGCAAACCAGGAACCCAAACUAUGUCUCUUACACACCCUUGUAAAUUUCCUUUCCAACCCUGGUUUCAUAUCUCUGUCAUUUACACAAGAUCCCAUGUGGGGGUUUUCUUCUAAGGUUUCAAUGUUGUUGCUAUAAUUCCAUGUUUAAUUUUUGAUUUUAAAAAUAAAUGAAAGUGAUAGUCUGAA